GGCGGGUGACGUCAUCUGGCGCUGGGAUGCAGAGUCACCGUGGGGUUGUUUGCGCGAAUAAACAACGGGGAUUGAGCGAAGGAAAGUGAACCGUGUCCCGUCGCUACCGACUGCCACCGGAGCUGGGGUACAUGAUUUCUCUGGCAAUUCCUGGUUUCCCGUCUGCUGUCAGAACUCAGUGAUGGAAUCGGAAGCCAAAGACGGGGAAGAGGAAAACCUACAGAGCGCGUUUAAGAAGCUGCGUGUUGAUGCUGAGGGAUGUACGGCAUGCUUGAACGUCACUGAUGGCUGCAGUACAAGAGCGUCUUUGAGACCUUCGUUGGAAGACACCAAACCUAAAGUCUUGGGUUCCUUAAAAGAAAGCUGGCAUGGGACCUCAAGAAAAGCCACUCGAGGAGUAUCUAGAACACCUCGGAGAAGACGCUCCAAAUCCCCAGUCCUUCACCCACCGAAGUUUACACAUUGUAGCUCAAAGACACCUUGCAGCACUCCGCUAAAACACAAAAGCCUGUGCGAUUCCCAAGACGGGGCCGUUGCUAAUAUUAGCCCUUCAGCUGCUAACGAUCCGUCCAGCGCUCCUCUCAAUGUCAACGGGUACAGAAGAUUCUGCCUUGAGGCUUCAGGAGCAUCUGCCUCCGAUACAACUUCAGAGACCCUGCGUUCCGUCACCUUGGUGGGUGGGACAACCCUGAAGGCCGGUCAACCCUCGGAUUUCCAGGCUGUAUCGAAGCUCAACACGGCCGAGAAAUGCACUUGCAAAGGAAAAGAGUGUCGGUGCAAACACUGGCAAAACAUGGAGGUCUACUCCUUUUCUGGCUUGCGAGAUAUGCUCACAGAAUGCGAGAGGAGCAUUAAGGAGGACAUCUCACAACCCUUACAAAAUCGAACUCAGAACUCCGGCAACGGCGCCUCCGGAUCCCCCCGCUCCUGCUCGGAGCAAGCCAGGGCUUCGGUCGACGACGUGACUAUAGAAGACCUUGCUGGCUAUAUGGAAUAUUACCUGUAUAUUCCAAAGAAGAUGUCCCAUAUGGCUGAAAUGAUGUACACCUGACAAACCCCCAAGAAUUUUUGCUAAACAAUUAGUGGUGGAAACUCAUAGCAUGUAGGUCGAUGGCGUGGCAGCUCCUCUGCCUUUGCGCUUUUUCUUUUUUUUUUUUUUGUCUCCGUUUUGGGUGUAAUAAGAGAUUUUCGCCAUGUUGUUCUCAAAUGCAAGGGUUGCGUAUUUCAGUCCCUUAUACGGGAAAAGGCACCCCCCCUUGCUACGACUUACCUUUUGCCAUACUUAAAGAACUCUAAUCUAUUAAAAAAAAUAAUUAAAAAAUACUAAGUAUUAAUAUCAUAAUUAAUAUUAAAAUGAUUUGUCCUUUAUUUGCUGUCCAUCCAUUGUAAGCCGACCCCUGAACCUUUGGAUGUUCCCCGAUCAGUCAGUGGAGGGCGUUCCUACCUGCUGGUAAUGGAGGCCGCACGCAAGCAGCUGGUCGUCGGCCGCGCUGCGUUUGGAUUGUCGUAGAUCGUAGUAAAUAGAGGUCCUGCUUUAGCUUCACAAAAGGAAUGUUUCAUUUGGGUUUACCUGUUUGCCUUGAAAUGGUCCUAGAUAGUGUGGGGGGAUGGGAGACUGGUCAGUCUAGUAAAAAUGCAGUAUAGUAAAAACGGCUAUUUUUGAAGAUGAUUUAAUGGGAAAAUGCUUAUGUUCUUGCAGUGUUACAUCAUUCUUUGGUUUUUGUUAGAAGAAAAAAAAAACUAGCGCUCUAAAAAUAGAAGAAAUAGACCCUGGAAUGUUUUUGUUAGAGCUGUUUAAAAAUGUACGACAUUCUCCCCCUCCUCUCGUGUUGCUGUGAUGUUUCUAUUUUGGAUUUCACGUUGGCCAAAUACGAAACUUUUUGUUAAAUCAGCGCUGCCCUUUGGCUUCCUCCGACGGUUUGCUCCCCAUGGCUUCAGCAAAGGGUGCGUAUUACAGUCCUGGACCUUGGUUUACCUCUUGAUGCCUGUUUAAAAUAAAAUAAAAUAAAAUAAAAUGGAUCUGUCGUCUUCGACGUUUUCCGAAUAAAAUUUACUUCUGGAA